AAAGAAAACAGUAGGCAGUCAAACCAUGAAACCAACCGUGGAAUCCCCCGAAGAAAAAGCCUCGCGCGUGGGUUAAAAAAAAAAAAGCCUCGCGCGUGUAUAAAAGCGUCACGACAGUGCCUGUGCGGCUGUGCCUCCAUUACUUCUCACAGCAGAAACGUGUCCGCCACUCGCCCACUCCACUACUAGCCAUCGCAAGCAUUCUCCUUCGGUGGGGGUGGGGGAAAUGGAGGCCGCCGCCGCCGCGACGGGGCUCGCCCAGAGACCGGUUGUGCUGUACCCGUCGCCAGGGAUGGGCCACCUGGUCUCCAUGAUCGAGCUUGGCAAGAUCCUCGGCGCGCGGGGGCUGCCCGUCACAAUCGUCGUCGUCGAGCCGCCCUACAACACGGGCGCCACGGGGCCUUUCCUCGCCGGCGUCUCCGCGGCCAACCCGUCCAUCUCCUUCCACCGCCUGCCCAAGGUCGAGCGCCUCCCUCCCAUCAAGUCCAAGCACCACGAGGCGCUCACCUUCGAGCUCGUCCGCAUCUCCAACCCGCACUUCCGCGAGUUCCUGGCCGCCGCGUCCCCGGCCGUGCUCGUGCUCGACUUCUUCUGCAGCAUCGCGCUGGACGUGGCGGAGGAACUCCGUGUGCCCGCCUACUUCUUCUUCACCUCGGGCGCCGGGGUCCUGGCCUUCUUCCUGUACCUCCCGGUGCUCCACGAGCGGACCACGGCGAGCUUCCAGGACAUGGGGGAGGAGCCCGUUCACGUGCCGGGCAUCCCGCCGUUCCCGGCGACGCACUCCAUCCUGCCCAUCAUGGAGCGCGACGACGCGGCCUACGACGGCUUCCUAAAGAGCUUCAAGGACCUCUGCCGCUCCCAUGGCGUCAUCGUCAACACGCUCCGCUUGCUGGAGCAGCGCGCCGUCGAGACCGUGGCCGCGGGGCACUGCACGCCGCCCGGCCUCCCGACGCCGCCCGUCUACUGCAUCGGGCCGCUCAUCAAGUCGGUGGAGGUGGUGGGCAAGCGCGGCGAGGAGUGCCUGGCGUGGCUGGACGCGCAGCCCAGUGGCAGCGUGGUGUUCCUCUGCUUCGGCAGCCUCGGCCGGUUCAGCGCGGAGCAGAUCAGGGAGGUGGCGGCCGGCCUGGAAGCCAGCGGGCAGCGGUUCCUGUGGGUGGUCCGGGCGCCGCCCAGCGACGACCCGGCGAAGAAGUUCGCGAAGCCGCCGGAGCCGGACCUGGACGCGCUCCUCCCGGAGGGGUUCCUGGCCCGGACCAAGGGCAGGGGCCUCGUCGUCAGGUCGUGGGCGCCGCAGCGGGACGUGCUGGGGCACGCGUCCGUGGGCGGCUUCGUCACGCACUGCGGCUGGAACUCGGUCCUGGAGGCGGUGAUGGCGGGCGUGCCGAUGCUGGCGUGGCCGCUCUACGCGGAGCAGCGGCUCAACCGGGUGUUCCUGGAGAAGGAGAUGCGGCUGGCCGUGGCCGUGGAAGGGUACGACACCGACACGGGCCUCGUGGCGGCCGAGGAGGUUGCUGCCAAGGUGCGAUGGCUCAUGGACUCCGAGGGCGGGAGGAGGCUCCGGGAGCGCACGCUGGAGGCCAUGCGCCAGGCCAAGGACGCGCUGCGCGAGGGCGGCGAGUCGGAGACCACGCUGGCCGGGCUGGUGGACGAGUGGAAAAAACGCACUUGACGUCCUGGUUGGUUGUUGUUGGAAGGGACGGCGGACGUUGGCGCACACUUGUCCACUGGGAGAAAGUGGGCCAGCCGCCAUUGGUCAUUAUCUAUGGGUCUGCGGGACUGGGUGUCCUAUUUUUUCCCCAUGUGUGUUUUGGAAAUUGGGUAAAAUAUUGUAGCAGCAUUUUUGUUUUUAAGAGUACUGGCCAAUAUAUCCGCGCACAUACAAUUUUUACAUGACGUCCGUGAAUCCAAUAAUAAUAAGCUAGCUAUUUUCUA